AUGAAAAGACUCGCCAUAAAUCUUAUACUCAUUUGCUGCUUAUUUGAAAUUGUUUCCACACAACAAGUAGAUGCUGAACAAAAAUGGUUCAAAACGGAGAAUAAUAAAACUUACUAUAUUGAGCAAAAUUACAAGUAUUCAUGGUAUCAGGCUUUUCUACAAUGUUCUAUGAAGAAGAUGGCAUUAUUGACAAUAGAAACUCCCGAGGAGCAUAAUGAUGUGGCCAAAAUUUUAAAAGAAGGAAAUUUUAAUUUUCAUGGUCCUCAUUUGUGGAUUGGAGCUGUGGGUUUUGAUCGUCAAUUUGCUUGGAUUGCUAAUAGUCAGCCGGUUUUUACUAACCGAUGGGUUGGCGGUAAUCCAGAUAAUUUUAAUCAAGAAGAACACUGUUUACUAUUCAGUGAAGCUACAACUGAAUUAAAUGAUGCCAAAUGUGAGUAUCAAUUCGGUUUCAUAUGCGAGGAGAAUGCUUACCUAAGUCCCAAGGAUGAGAAUCAGGAAAAACCUAAUAGAGUUGUAUUCAAUUUUUAUCAACAUGGUUAAAACUUAAUAAUGU